AUCCGCCCACCCCCUAACGGAGAGAGCUGUAGCCACACAACGUCUCGUGAUCGUGGGUAUCAGAACCUCGAGCGGGCCACGAAAGCGUCUCACGUAGCGUCCACACCGUUGCUGGCGAUCCGGGAGGAGGACGUGGGUGAACAGCAAUGUCUUCCCCGGGUUAGCUCUCGCUCAUCGGCUUGGCCUGCUCUCGCUAUCGAGAUAAUGCCAGGAUGGCGGAGCCUGGAGGCGGGCUGCACGGACUGACGGAUGCUGCGAGCCAGCUCGGCGAGCAUCAGCACCACAGCGUGAUGACUUCCGCGGGGGACGCGCGGCCGGAGGAUCUGUCUUUGGAGGAGAUCCUCGGGCUUUACAGCCAGCCCAUCAACGAGGAGCAGGCUUGGGCCGUGUGUUAUCAGUGUUGCGCGACGCUGUUGAAGGAGCACCGGAGGAGGAGAUCCUCAACUGCUGCCCAGGCGACCCCAUAUCCGACGAGGAUAUCAGGACCGAGCGAUGUUCGGAUUGCAAAGGACGGAUCUGUAAAGCUACAUCACCAGAGCUGUGAAGGUAAAUACAACCUGUGCACCCAAACAGAGGUGAUCGAAUCUCUGGGUAUCAUGAUCUACAAGGCUCUGGACUAUGGGCUGAAGGAUAAUGAGGAAAGGGAACUCAGUCCUCCUCUGGAGCAGCUCAUCGACAUGAUGACCAACAUAGCAGAGAGCGACGUCUGCCCCGAUGAAGGCUAUGAAGCAACUGAAGAAGAAGACGACGCGGAUGACGACCCUGACAACAUUUCUAAUCUUCAUGGCUACAAGGGGAUUCUUAAGUUUUGUACAGACCAUCUGCCCAGUCAGUCGGAUGCUCCCAGUCACUACCAGGCAGUAUGUCGUGCUCUGUACACUGAAACCAGGGAAUUACGGACUUUCCUGGAGAAGAUCAAGAGUGCCAAAGAGAACCUUCGUAAGAUGGAAGAAGAGACAACAGUCGACUCCAGCAGAGACCUGGAUGAGUUACAAAAUGCCGACUGGGCUCGAUUCUGGGUUCAGGUGAUGAGGGACCUGCGAGAAGGAGUCAAGCUUAAAAAGGUGCAGGAGCGCCAGUACAACCCUCUGCCCAUUGAAUACCAACUUACUCCCUAUGAAAUGCUUAUGGAUGAUAUCAGGUCCAAACGCUACAAACUGCGCAAAGUCAUGGUGAAUGGAGACAUACCACCCAGGAUUAAAAAGAGUGCUCAUGAAGUCAUACUGGAGUUCAUUAGGUCCAGACCCCCCCUCAACCCUGUGUCGGCACGUAAACUGAAGCCACCAACACAGCCUCCUCCCACGCUUCAUGAAAGGAUACUGGAGGAAAUUAAAGCCGAGAGGAAACUUCGACCCGUAUCUCCAGAUCAAAUCCGCAGGGGGCGACUGGCAAUUCGACCACUUAGCAUGUCUUUCAGUUUUGAUACGUCAGAUGACUUUAGUCCCUACAUGGGCAGGAGGACCUCCAGCACUCUGUCUUUGAACAACGGACCAUCAUCUCCUACAGCGGUACCCUGCGGAUCUCAGUCCGUACCGCAGAGGAAGAAGCUUCUGAAGGCUCCCAGUCUUGCCGAGCUGGACAGCUCUGAUUCCGACGAUGACUUUACAGGCCACAAAUCAGUGAGUACCUCAAGUGUGGCGACAUCUCUAAUGGAUGACACAUCUCCUGAAUCAGCACUGGGGAAGAAGACUCCACCAAUGUUCCUCCCCAUCUCCUCCACACCGCAGCCGGAGAGGCGCCAGACCCCCCAGAGGAGACACUCUAUUGAGAAAGAAACCCCAACCAAUGUCCGACUCUUUCAGCAGCCCUCUAAACAGAACUCUAAAUCUCUGGAGGAGUUCUGUUUCCCUGUGGAGUGUCUGUCUCUGACAGUGGAGGAGGUGAUGCACAUCAGACAGGUUCUGGUUAAAGCAGAGCUGGAGAAAUUUCAGCAGUAUAAAGAAAUCUACACGGCAAUGAAGAAGGGAAAGCUUUGCUUCUGUUGUCGAACCAAACGGUUUUCCUUUUUCACCUGGUCCUACAUCUGCCAGUUUUGCAAAAAGCCUGUGUGUGCACAGUGUUGCAAAAAGAUGAGACUGCCAUCCAAACCUUAUUCCAGCCUGCCCAUCUACUCCAUCGGCUCGACUAAUACUCUACCCAGGGAGAGAAUAAGUGCCAUGGCUUCUGCAGGACAGGGACUCCAAGUGGCUGGAGGUCCACAGACUUCAGCGGCGGCUGAAGCAGCACCGACUCCGCCUUCCAAAGGAGUUAAAAAGGCUUCUGGUGCUGCAGCAGUGAAGCCUGAGAAAUCCUCCAGUGGCCAUCGACGGCCGAGCAUUCACAAGACCAUGUCCAAGCUAUCCAAGCAUGGCUCCUUAAAGUCACAUGAAGAGCUGGAGCUCCCACCAGAGCUGACAGAGGACUGGGCCACCAUGGAAGUGUGUGUCGACUGCAAGAAGUUCAUCUCUGACAUUAUCGCCUCCAGCAAGCACAGCCUGUCACUGGCCACCAAGAGAGCUCGUUUAAAACGCAAGACGCAAUCCUUAUACAUGUCUUCACCGAAAGGAAGGGAGGAGUACCGACCCACUGAGCGAACAAUCAGUGAGAUCUAGACGAUGUAGAUCUAUGUCUCUCCAGCUGCUGUAUGUACGUACGACAGUCAUAAGUAAUAAACCUCUAGGAUGCAUAGAGGCUUUGUGUACAUCAUGUACAA